AUGUGGAUGCAUAGAGACCAGCCUGGUCUGUUCACAGCAAUAUCAGAAUCUUCGGAAACGUCUGGACAUGUAGGAGAACUCGAGGCAGAAAAUAUUACCAAAUCAGUCCUUAAUGAUAAUCUUGAUGAAUGUAGCUCACUGGCAAAAGGGAUGGAUGAUGUAGUCCAAAGUCAGGCAGGGCGAUUUGGUGGCUUUCAGAUAUACCUGUCAAAUACAACAGAUUGGAGAAACGGUGACAACUGUCAUACAGAUACAACAUCUACAUGGCAAUCGAUGGACCUUGCUCCAUCUAUUCAAUCGUGUACAGGCAACACAAUCUACCUGACUAUCUAUGUUGAUCGACGACCAGACAAACCUUACAGUUGGUAUUCUGACUACGCUAUCCUCGAACUCUGUGAAGUCGAAAUUUAUGGUUGUCCAUUGGGGAAAUUUGGUAACAACAACUGUGAUUCCAACUGUAGUACAACCUGUGUUAACAACUCGUGUAACCCUGACACUGGUCGAUGUACAUCUUGUGUGAACGGGAACUAUGGAAGCUUCUGUGACAAGACAUGCCCUGACACCUGUAAGGAUGGGGUAUGCGACCAACAUACAGCAGAAUGUGAAGCUUGUGUGAACGGGAACUAUGGACGUUUCUGUGGCAACACAUGCCCUGACACCUGUAAGGAUGGGGUAUGUGACCAACAUACAGCAGAAUGUGAAGCUUGUGUGAACGGGAACUACGGAGGCUUCUGUGACAGGACAUGCCCUGACACCUGUAAGGAUGGGGUAUGUGACCAACAUACAGCAGAAUGUGAAGCAUGCGUUCAAGGAGUAUAUGGCAGUGUUUGUGACCAGAUGUGUACGGGGAACUGUAAGGACAAUGACUGUAUCCAAGGAAACGGGUUCUGUACUGAAUGUGAAGCUGGUUACCACGGUACCCAAUGCGAUAAGAGUUGCCCGUCGAAGUGCAGAGACAAUCUAUGUAACCAGACGAAUGGUUUGUGUACAGAAUGUGCUGCAGAAUUCUAUGGUGUCAACUGUUCUUUGAUAUGUCCAGACCAUUGUAAGGACCAAAAGUGUAACCAGAAGAGCGGCCAGUGUACCGAAUGUGUUUCCGGUUUCUAUGGAAACAGCUGUGCAGACAAGUGUGACUUCUGUCAGGAUGGAAAUUGUGACAAGCUUACCGGGAGUUGUUUGGCGCCUUGUGUAGACGGACGUACUGGAGACAGGUGUGAUGUCAAGGUUAUACAUUUAACGAGCUAUGAAGCUGCAAUUGGAAUAGGCGUUGGUUGUGGACUUAUCAUUCUUGCGCUUAUCAUAGUGAUAGUUGUACAAACAAGAAGACUUCAUUCAAGGAGCAACGGAUACACUCCGCCAAGGUCUACAACCACGACAAACAUAGCAUUGUCAAGUAUUGAACAGGAACUUAGGAGAGAUACAGUGAAUUUAUGCCGUAAAUCAGAUAUCAAGACAAGCCAAAGCUCCAAUUAUUCCGCGACGUCCACAAGUGAAAAGGCAGUAGAUGGCAGGACUGAUCAAAAAUUUAGUAGUGGUAGUUGUAUACAUACACAAACAGAACCAGCAGUAUCGGAAGCUUGGUGGCAAAUUGACUUUGGUGGUCCAGUCGUUAUUGAACAUGUGAAGAUAUACUACAGAAAUGAUUCCUACGAACAGUCAAAGCGAUUUGGUGGCUUUCAGAUAUACCUGUCAAAUACAACAGAUUGGAGAAACAGUGACAACUGUCAUACAGAUACAACAUCUGAAAUGCAAUUGAUGAACCUUGCUCCAGAAAUUCAAUCGUGUACAGGCAACACAAUCUACCUGACUAUCUAUGUUGAUCGACGACCAAACAAACCUUACAGUUGGUAUUCUGACUACGCUAUCCUCGAACUCUGUGAAGUCGAAAUUUAUGGUGAGCUCAUUCAGUAA